AUGGGUGUGAGCGUCCGUCAACUCCUGUACAACAUCGAGAGCCUCGUAGUUACACACCUCGAAAACGAUGUCGGCUUUCAGAUACCUGUCCCUGAAGCUCUCCAGUGGGCGCCGGACUUUGAGCAUGCUGUUGCUGACUGCAUAGUCCACCUGCGCACGGGCGACGACUUAGUCGAAAGCAUACUAAACGACUCCAAAGCGCAGCAUGAGUGCAAGGAGAAGUACACCCGGCCUGUACAGUCAGAGUACAGAAGGUGCGCACGGAAAGUUCUCGGCCCGGUGUUCAAGAGCUGGACUCCGAGCAGGACGCAAGGUUUCAACAAGGGCUUUCACGGUGUAUUAAAGAUGGUCAGUGGGAGGGGCAUCAACUGGGAAAAGCUUCGCUGCAAACUGAUGAUGGAGGCUGGGCGCGGUAAUUGA